CCCCGUUGUUCCAGCUGCGACGCGACAUAUCCGUACCUGAGGAGAUUCGUCACGCGACGCAGCAACCGCAACGGAAAUGCCGGACGGCCCUAUCUCAAAUGUAUGCCUUGCGAAAAAUUCAUCACUUUCCUCGAUGAUCGCGGUAUUAAUUUUGAUGGUCCACAUUGUUUGUGCGAUUUUCCCUGCCGCUUGCAAGUCUCGGGAAGAUAUGUCGUUACGACUACGCCGCGCGGAUUGCAUUAUGUGUGCGCGUUUGGGAGAUGCAAAUAUCAUGAGCCGGUUAAGAGGGAUGGGAAGGGGAAU